AUGAAAAUAGUCGUAAUAGGCUGUGCACCUACUGCACUUGGAUUUGCACAUAGACUUCAUGAACUGCAGACAUUCAAUGACUUAGCGAAAGAUAUCGAACUGUUAGUCCUCGAAAAGGAAUCAUUUCCAGGUGGCCUUUCUUGUUCAGUAAAAGAUGAAAAAGGCUUCCUGUGGGAUAUGGGAGGCCAUAUAACCUUUAAUCACAACUUCCCAUAUUAUGAGCGAGCUGUUACAUCGGCUCUUCCCGAAUGGAAUAAGCUGAAAAGAAAUUGUCAGGUUGAUAUCAAUUAUAUGUUCGACGAAGAAGGAAUUCACUUGGUUCCUUAUCCCGCUCAAUUCGCUAUUCCUCUUUUCCCAGAAAAAAUCAAACGAAAAUGCUUAGAGGAUCUUAUGAAACGAUUUGACAAAAAUGGCGAUAUCCUUUCCACCGAAGAGGCUUCGCAUAGUUUUGACGGAUGGAUUCUCAAACAUUUUGGUCCGACGAUUCUUGAUAAUUUCUUCAAAUUAUAUACAAAAAAGGUGUGGACAGUUGAAACGACAGAAAUGAGCUCAAAUUGGGUUGGUACUCGUGUCGCUAUGUUACCGAUGAAGAAAUUGGAACAGUUAUGUGCGGCCAGUGAAGAUGAACUUCGUAAUGCAGAUUUCGGUUGGGGACCUAAUGCGUACUUCACAUUUCCCAAAUAUGGUGGUACCGGCGCGGUUUGGAACGCCAUAGCGAAUCAACUUCCAUCUAAGUGGUUGAAAUAUAAUUCUGAAGUUAUCAAAAUCGAUACCAAGAGAAAAAAAUUAACUUAUGAAGAAAAAGUCGGAAAUCGUAGGGAAGAGAACACUAUUGACUACGAUAUAUUGGUUAAUACCGGUCCAAUUGACCAGCUUGUUAGCAGUAUCACCAGUUCCAUUAAACUCAACCUUCGCUUUAAUAAGGUCUGCGUUAUUGGUGUUGGACUGAAACAGCCAAUGACAAGUUUUCUCCAGCAAUUUACAUGGCUAUAUUUUCCCGAUCCUUCAGUACCAUUCUUUAGGGUGACAAUAUUUUCGAAAUAUGGAGAGGUCACUCCAGACAAUAAUAAAUUUUGGUCAUUAAUGUGUGAAUGCGCACGACCUAUUGACGACGAGACAACUGAAAGCGAAUUUCGAAAAUUGACGAUUGAUGGACUUAUUAAAAAAUCGAUGAUCGAAAGCGAUCAAAUCGUGAGCGUUUAUUCGAUUAUAUUACCGUAUGGCUAUCCAAUCCCAACAGUUCAGCGUGACUCUACAUUAAGUCGAAUACAUCAGUUUCUCGAGGAACGAAAUAUCUAUUCUCGUGGACGAUUUGGUGGCUGGAAAUAUGAAUGCUCGAAUCAGGAUCAUUGCUUUAUGCAGGGAAAAGAAUUAAUUGAUCGAAUUAUUUUCGAUGAGCCCGAAAAAGUUUACAAAACCGGAGUAGCAAUGUUACGCGGCUGA